AUGAUAUUGGGAAAGAUUGUAGGCUGUCAUGGGAUUGGAAAACAUGAAUUAGCCAAGGCUCUUGUUGGUGUUGGUACUUCCUAUGCAUUGCAAGUCCGGACUGCUACAAGUCUUCCAUUACCAGAAAACAAAGAAACUGACCGUCCAAAAAUUGAUAUGGUUAUUUUCAUGAUUGACAUGACUGAUAAGCGAAGCAUGGCUGUGGUAGAAUCUUCUUUGCCUCAUCUAGAUGUGGAUUACUUUCUUGGAAGAGUAUGCUUUGUAAUUAAAAAUGCCCAAGGUUUAUUGGAUAGAAGUGUAGAAAUAGAAGCAGUCACACAGUUAGCUGAUACCUAUGAUUCACCUUUAUUGUGUGAAACAGUGGAGCCAGGACAAGGUGGUUCAAGUGUGGCAGAAAAGAUACUUCAGCUGCUAGCAAUUUCUGUUGGAUUCCAUGACCAUAUUACACCUUUACUGAUAGAUGUCACAAAGAGACCAUACCAUACUUUAUUGGACAGUUCAAUAGCAUGGACUCCAAAUUCUUGAUGCUAAUACUAGGGUCUUGCAUAAUUUACAAAAAUGGGACAGGCUGAAAGACAGCUAUUUUCCAAGAGACAACAAAACCCUUAAUCUAGCACUGCAUUUUUGGAAAACUGCUCAAUCAACACAUCUAUGUGAUAAGGUUGCAACCAUGCAACAAUAUUAUAAUUUCAUGAAAUUUUCUUGAACUAGAGCUUAAAUGAGUUUAAAUUUGAAGCUACCUUGUGGUUUGUCUUUUCAAUGGGAAAAAUGAUCAGUCAUUGAAGUUGUAUACAUGUAUAUACUACACCGUCACAGUAGCAAAACAAUGUAUACCUGUAUAAUGUACAGAUUUUAAAACUGGCACUGACCAAGCACGCAGAGGCCUAGAAUUGUACAAAUGAUAUGUAUGAUAAAUAUGUAAUAUUAAGUCUUUAAAAAUACAGGAUGAAAAAAUUUA